GCCUUUGCAGCCGCGAGCUUCUCUAAACAGCAGCUCACAACCUUUGUCAGUCAGUGCUCAUGCACUCGCUCGUACCGGCACUAGAUGGAGUCUUUGUUGACACACUUCUUUGGCCCCCAUGACUUUUAGGUGCUUGUGCUACUGCCGUGGCUGCACAACAAAGAGACCGCCUCUUUUUUUUUUUUUUUCUCUUGUUCCAUUCUCUUCUUGCCGUCUCGACCAUGGCAAGGCUCGGACAAGGUCGUCGUCAUCACCGUCAUCACCGUCAUCACCGACGUCUUGGGCCGCCAUGAACAAAGAAAAAUUCGGGUUUGUGGUACAAUUUGAUAUCCACGUCGACGGUAGGGUUUUAAGCGAUUGUUGCCUUGGCUCUUCCCUGCCAAACAACUCCUUGGGCGACAUCGCCAGCAGAGCCCCAAAGUGGCCAUCGCCGUGCACUAGACGGCCUAAGAUGACGCCGGGGCGUGCAUCUGCAUUGAUUAGCUCAUGUGACCGUUGCUGGAAAUGAAGCUCUGCAGCCAAUCGCCGCGCUGCCUCACUCGAGUUUCGAGUUGUGGCGCUGGUUGCCGGGCGUGUGUUUGGGAGCUGGCAUGGGGUGAGUAUAGUAGUAGUGGCAACAAAGAUCUGGGUUCUCUGCCGUUCACCGCAGCA